UAUUAAUUAAAAACUUUUUAAAUAAUAUGGAUGGGAUAAGAUUGUACCAAGCUGAUGCUCUGGACACUGGAUUUGAGCCCUUUGUAUCAGCCCUAGCUGAAGAGAUAGUGAGAAAUAGUAAUAAGACAGUAGAUAGAAAUUUCCUUGUAAUUAGGGAGUUUCCAGUUAGAGCUAUCGGAGUAGUUAGUGCCAGAAGAGCAGCUGAUGUUGCCAUUAUCGAAGUAAUACAAAGACGCGGAAGAGAGAGAAGAGUAGUGCUCAUUAUCGAAUGUAAAGUUGAUAACAGAGAUACAAGAAUGGCCCUAGCACAGUUGACAGGCUAUAUGAGAGACACUGGCUGCGAACAUGGUAUAGCAAUGAGUGCAAACAUAGCACUAUUAUACCGAGACACAGGUAACAUGCUAGCAGAUCAGGUUGGUGAAGAAAUCGAUCUAAGUUCGGACGAAGGUGUGCGUGAUGUUAUAAAUUUCAUCAACCUUAUAGAGUAACUCAACAUGUUUAAUAUUAUUUUAAAA